CUGACCACACUGUGAGAGCUUUCUUACCUCUUGUCCCAGUGAAGCAGUAUUGAUUGAUCAACUUCUUGACAGAAGACCAUGGCAAAGAAGGUGGCAGUGAUUGGAGCCGGGGUCAGUGGCCUGGUCUCUCUGAAGUGCUGUGUGGAUGAGGGACUGGAGCCCACUUGCUUUGAGCGAACUGAAGAUAUUGGAGGGCUGUGGAGGUUCAAAGAAAAUGUUGAAGAUGGCCGAGCAAGUAUCUAUCAAUCUGUCAUCACCAAUACCAGCAAAGAAAUGUCUUGUUUCAGUGAUUUUCCAAUGCCUGAAGACUUUCCAAACUUCCUGCACAAUUCUAAGCUCCUGGAAUAUUUCAGAAUUUUUGCCAGAAAGUUUGAUCUUCUAAAAUAUAUUCAGUUCCAGACAACUGUCCUCAGUGUGAAAAAACACACGGAUUUCUCAUCUUCUGGCCAAUGGGAGGUUGUUACCGAGAGCAACAGCAAGAAGCAAAGUGCUGUCUUUGACGCAGUUAUGGUUUGCAGCGGCCAUCACAUCCUCCCUCACAUCCCACUGGAGUCAUUUCCAGGUAUUGAGAGGUUCAAAGGCCAGUAUUUCCAUAGCCGCCAAUACAAGCACCCAGAGGGACUUGAAGGGAAACAUAUCCUGGUGAUUGGACUAGGAAACUCGGCCUCAGAUAUUGCCAUUGAGCUGAGUAAGAAGGCUGCUCAGGUAUUUAUCAGCACCAGACAUGGUUCCUGGGUCAUGGGCUGUAUCUCUGAAGAUGGCUAUCCCUGGGACAUUGUGUUCCACACCCGGUUUAGGUCCAUGCUCCAAAAUGUCCUGCCACAAACAAUUCGAAAAUGGAUGAUGGAACAGCAGAUGAAUCAGUGGUUCAACCAUGAAAAUUAUGGCCUUGAGCCUCAAAACAAAUAUCUUAUGAAAGAACUUGUAAUAAAUGAUGAUCUUCCAAGUCAUAUACUCUAUGGAGCCAUCAAGGUGAAACCAAGAGUGAAAGAGCUCACAGAAACUUCUGCCAUCUUUGAAGAUGGAACAGUGGAGAAGAAUAUUGAUGUUAUUGUCUUUGCAACGGGAUAUACUUUCUCUUUUCCAUUCCUUGAAGAUUCACUUGUUAAAGUAGAGGAUAAUAUGGUCUCACUGUAUAAAUACAUGUUCCCUCCUCACCUGGAGAAGUCAACUCUGGCGUGCAUUGGUCUCAUCCAGCCCCUAGGUUCCAUUUUCCCAACUGCUGAACUUCAAGCUCGUUGGGCAACCAGGGUUUUCAAAGGCUUGUGUACCUUGCCCUCAGAGAGGACUAUGAUGGCAGACAUUAUCAAGAGGAAUGAAAAAAGAAUAGAUCUGUUUGGAAAGAACCAGAGCCAGAUACUUCAGACCAAUUACAUCGACUACUUGGAUGAGCUCGCCUUAGAGACAGGUGCGAAGCCAGACGUCCUAUCUCUCUUGCUGAAAGACCCCAAACUGGCUGUGAAGCUCUAUUUUGGACCCUGCAACUCCUACCAGUACCGCCUCACUGGGCCCAGGCAGUGGAAGGGAGCCAAGAGGGCCAUCCUCACCCAGAAACAACGGAUACUGAAGCCUUUAAAGACACGGGCACUAAAAGCUUCAUCUGAUUUCCCUGUUUCCUUUCUGUUGAAAAUCGUGGGGCUUCUUGCUGUUGUUGUAGCCCUUUUUUUUCAGCUUCAGUGGUUCUAAUUGGUCAGCAUAAAGCUUUUGAUUUUAGUGUCAGUCAGUUCCUCUUAAAAAAAAAAAGACAAAGAAAAAAUAUGAAAUCUAGAUUCUGUAUUUCAGAGUCGAGAGGAACAGAGAGAGGUGGUUGUAGAGAAUUAGCAGAAUUAGGUCCAUGUUAAAACACUAAAAUGGUGUCAUGAAAUUUCUUUGCCACUCCACCCUUCCCUCAAGUUCAUCAGACUCUCCAAAAGGACAAUUAAAUAGCACUGGCUAAAUAGUGUUGCCAGGCCCCAUAUAAGAGGGUUGUGUGGAAAAAACAGAAAUACGCAGAAUGAAAAGCAAGCCCCAUGGUUUAAAACAUUGGAAAAUUUCAAUGGUGGGUAAAUAUUUAAACUCUUGCAUGAUGUUCUUGAUAGUCUUCCUACCCGGACUCUUUUGGUAACAAAGUUCUCAGGUGUUAGGUCAUGCUCCAUAUCCUUAUCAGGGAAUCACUCAAAAAUCCUGGAGGAAAAUAUGAGAGGCUAGACUCCUUGGGCCUUAUGGUGAAAGCAAAGCCAAUAGGCACAUUUCUUAUGUUUUGACAGAAACACCGCUAUAAAAAUAAAAAUAAACCUGCAGUAACAGCUAUAUACACAUUCAGUACUUUCCAUAGACCAGACAUUGUGCUCAGUGCACACUGUAUUAACUUCAUUUAAAUCUCACAAUAAUUCUGCGAGAUGGAUGAGGCUAUUCUACCCAUUUUACAGAUGAUGAAACUGAGACUCAGAGCAGUUGGGUAACAUGUUCAAGACCAUACAGCUGGUCUUGCCGGGCAGCCAGGAUUGGAACCCAGUUUUGCUUGAUUCUGGAACUGUGGAUCAUAACCUUUCCCCAGAAUAUACUUAUUUACAAAACAGCUAUUGCAGAUAAAGUACUUACUAACAGUUUAUUUUAUUUAUAAUCACAUAUAUGUUGCUUUUGGAGGAACUUAACACAGAUAACAGCACACUUCUUGCAAAUAUGAUCAAUUAAUUUUAUUCAUAAUAUUUUGGCUUAUAGUCCAGUCAGAUCUAAAAAGCAUUUGAUGGAAUUUACAAUGAAACAUACCUAGGGCGCCUGGGUGGCUCAGUUGGUUAAGCGACUGC